CAGGCGAAGAAAAGAUUUAGAAAGUCGCCAGAGGGCAUUUUUUGCAGGAGCGGUCACUCUCCCAAUCCAGGCAGGGAAGGGGAGGAGUCUGAGCCGGGUCCCGCCUCUUCUCCAGUAAACUUCUCCCUUUGGAGGCUGGAGUUCCAAGGGCCGGAAGCAGCGGCGCGCCUGCUGCUUUCCCCAUGGCUUCGGUGACCAGAGCCGUAUUUGGAGACCUGCCUUCAGGGGCAGGGACAGUGGAGAAGUUCCAGCUGCAGUCAGACCUGCUGAAAGUGGACAUCAUCUCCUGGGGCUGCACCAUUACGGCCCUGGAGGUCAAAGACAGGCAGGGCAGGGCGUCCGAUGUGGUGCUCGGCUUUGCAGAGUUGGAAGGCUACCUCCAAAAGCAGCCCUACUUUGGAGCCGUGGUUGGCAGGGUGGCCAACCGAAUUGCCAAAGGAACAUUCACAUUGGACGGGAAGGAGCAUAAGCUGGCCAUUAACAAUGGGCCCAACAGUCUGCAUGGAGGAGUCAGAGGGUUUGAUAAGGUCCUCUGGACCCCUCAGGUGCUGUCAGAUGGCGUUCAGUUCUCGAGGGUCAGUCCAGAUGGUGAGGAAGGUUACCCUGGAGAGUUGAAAGUCUGGGUGACUUACACGCUGGAUGGUGGGGAGCUUAUGAUCAACUACCGAGCCCAGGCCAGUCAGACCACACCGGUCAGUCUGACCAACCAUUCCUAUUUCAACCUGGCGGGCCAGGGUUCCCCAAACAUAUAUGACCAUGAAGUCACUAUAGAAGCUGAUGCCUUUUUGCCUGUGGAUGAAACGCUGAUUCCUACAGAUCAUCCACAGAUCGGAGGCCAUGUGACAACUGCCUGCAGAUUCUGCUCACUGAAGCCCAGGUGCUCCAUCUCCCAAAGCUCCCCGAGCCACCGAGCCACCGAGCCACCGCCACCGGCUUUGCCACCGGGAGAAGUUGCUCCAGUGCAAGGAACUGCCUUUGACCUGAGGAAGCCAGUGAAGCUUGGAAAACACCUGCAGGAGUUCCAUAUCAAUGGCUUUGACCACAAUUUCUGUCUGAAGGGAUCUAAAGAGAAACGCUUUUGUGCACGGGUCCGUCAUGCUGGGAGCGGGCGGGUCCUGGAAGUGUACAGCACCCAGCCGGGGGUCCAGUUUUACACAGGCAACUUCCUGGAUGGCACACUGAGGGGCAAGAAGGGAGCAGUCUAUCCCAAGCACUCUGGUUUCUGCCUGGAGACCCAGAACUGGCCUGAUGCCGUCAAUCAGCCCCACUUCCCUCCUGUGCUGCUGAGGCCCGGGGAGGAGUAUGACCACACCACUUGGUUCAAGUUUUCUGUGGCUUAAGGAAGUGUGAAGACGUGACCUCUUCCAGGGCCAGGCUGGGAGCCCUUUCAGCAGCCUCUCUCCUGCCCAGGGAGGAGAUGAAGACUUAGAGGCUUUAAAAGUGAUCCUGUGAAUUAAAACCAUGUAAAGGGUAGCUCCACAGUAACGAGUCUGAGUACUGAUUUCCUUUCCCGGUGACUGGCUCCAGGUCAGGUCUAAUGAGCAGCUCUCUCCUCGGUGUAGUUAAGGGGACCCACCCACUAGUGUCAUGACCUAAGCCCCGAGCCUAGCCCAGAAGUGGUGCCCAACCCCUUGUACUGUGUUGGCUCCAUCUCUCCACCCUGCCGCUUUCUUCUCUACCUUUUACCCUUCCUUUCUUUGAUCGUACUUUCCUUUGUCCUCCUCUGCCGCCUCAAACCACUUUGGAGUUUUCAGUCGCAUUUUUAGCUCACGGACCGUGCUGGCAGAUGGACCUGUCUGCCUCGGAAAGACAGAUGACUGAGAGGGAGGGAGGUGGGGCUUAGGGAGGGUAAAUGACCCCCGUAAAAGCACAUGGCUGGGACCAAUUUUAGCCAGGACUUGACGUCAGGUCAUGCACAUUCAGGUCCCCUUCUUUGCUUUCAUUUCAGUCUGCCAGGGCAUUCCCAGGGUCACUGAUGGGCAAAGGUGGGGUCUGACAUUCCUCUCUCUGGGCCAGCCUUUCUUCCCAGAUUCACAUUUAUAAGCAUGAGUCUGAGUUUGAGUUUAGCUGUCUUAAAGAUGUCACUUAAAGGGCCAGGUCAAAAUAUCCAGAAAGAAUCUGUAAAUUUGAUUCUCUGUCUUUGCGGUUGAGAAAGUCCCAGCCCAGCCAAGGCCUGGGAAGCAAGCAAACCACUGGAGACCAGAGCUGUGUUAGUGUGGAGACGGGGCCUCACCUGAGCACUGCACGUUGCACCUGCAGCAAGAUGUCGUGUUAUGUAGAUGAGGCCGGGGCUCCCCUCUUUCCUGAACAACUGAAUUACCAGUUAUGGGUUUGGGUUGGUGGUUGGUUUAGGUUUUUAAAGAAAUAUAUCUUAUACUUUUGUAUACUGGCAACCAGUUGAAAUAAAACCAAAAGCUGCACCUUU